UGCGGCCCGCGAAUGCUGCCGGUGCCCUCCGGACUGCCCGCGCGCAGGCCUCGCCCUGCCAAGACAGCGAGGCAGCUGCCAGCCGCGCUCGGGGGGAUUGACGAGCGGACGUCGCCCACCGCCCCGGGCGCAGGCUCCCUCGGGGCCCACCCUUCCUGUCUCCCAUAAACCCUUCUGCUAAAAAAUAAAGCGGGGUGCGGGAGCGAGGCAGCAGCGCUCUCGAAGCCAGCUGGCUCCGGCAGAGGGCUGCCGCCGGAGCGAGGGGGCGUGCGGGCGGCCGAACCGCACCGCGGAAGUUUCCUCUCUGCCGCCUUCUUAAAACCCCUCCCCGCCCAGCGCAACUUGCAGCCAGGUGCCCCUCCCGGGGAGCUGCCGCCUCAAAGGGCCCGCAGAGUCACUGAAGUACAAUCUAGAGUGAUAUCAAGCAGAGACUGAUCUUCACCAAAAAAAGUGUUACUGGCACAAAGAGCAGCAGUAGAAGAGUUCCUGGCUGCCUUUUUUCCAAAUGCUGACAGUGUGUGUGUGCUGGGACUGCGCCUAUGUAAUCUGGGAGAAUAAAUCUUUAAUGGAAGACCCUCAGGGAAUAAAUAGGAAGUCUCCUCUUAUCUACAUUUGAGAGGCCUCUGGAUGUCUUGCUCUUCCCCGUGUGUCUUCGUUUUCCCUGAUGUUCAUGGUACUUGUUCGCAGGGUAGCAGAGUGGGAAGAACUAAGCUGCGUCACAUUAAAACAGAACCAAUGAGCAGCAGUGAGAUUGCUACUGCUACUACCACGACAGACGGGUCUUUAGACAACUUCUCAGGAUCAGCAAUUGGAAGCAGUGGUUUCAGCCCAAGACAAACACAUCAGUUCUCCCCACCACAGAUUUACCCUUCCAACAGACCAUACCCACAUAUUCUUCCUACCCCCUCUUCACAAACAAUGGCUGCGUAUGGGCAGACGCAGUUUACAACGGGGAUGCAACAAGCUACAGCUUAUGCCACAUACCCCCAGCCUGGCCAACCCUAUGGAAUUCCUUCAUAUGGUGCAUUGUGGGCAGGCAUCAAGACAGAAGGUGGAUUGGCACAGUCACAGUCUCCUGGACAGACAGGAUUUCUAAGCUACGGUGCCAGCUUUAGCACACCUCAACCUGGACAGGCUCCCUAUAGCUACCAGAUGCAAGGCAGCAAUUUCACAACAUCAGCAGGAAUAUAUGCAGGAAAUAAUUCACUCACAAAUUCUACUGGAUUUAAUAGCUCACAGCAGGAAUACCCCGCUUACCCUGGGUUUGGCCAGGGACAGUAUGCACAGUAUUACAACAGCUCGCCGUACCCUGCACACUACAUGAACAGCAGCACCAGCCCCACGACGCCCUCCUCCAAUGCCACAUAUCAGCUCCAGGAGCCACCAUCUGGCAUCAGCGGCCAGGCGGUCACAGAUCUUGCAGCAGCAGAAUACAAUACAAUCCACAGUCCAUCGACACCCACUAAAGAUUCAGAUUCAGACAGAUUGCGGCGUAGCUCAGAUGGGAAAGCACGUGGACGUGGCAGAAGAAACAACAACCCUUCACCACCACCUGACUCUGAUCUAGAGAGAGUAUUCAUUUGGGAUUUGGAUGAGACAAUCAUCAUUUUCCAUUCCUUGCUUACAGGGUCCUAUGCUAACAGAUAUGGAAGGGAUCCACCCACUUCUGUGUCUCUUGGGCUCCGAAUGGAAGAGAUGAUUUUCAAUCUGGCGGACACGCAUCUGUUCUUUAAUGAUUUAGAAGAAUGCGACCAGGUUCACAUUGACGACGUGUCUUCAGAUGACAACGGGCAGGAUCUCAGCACCUACAACUUUGGGACCGAUGGCUUUCCCGCGGCGGCCACCAGCGCCAACCUGUGCCUGGCGACAGGCGUGCGCGGCGGCGUGGACUGGAUGCGGAAGCUGGCAUUCCGCUACCGCCGCGUCAAAGAGAUCUACAACUCCUACAAGAGCAACGUCGGAGGUCUUCUUGGGCCAGCAAAAAGAGAGGCUUGGUUACAACUAAGAGCAGAAAUUGAAGCUUUGACAGAUUCUUGGUUAACACUUGCACUGAAAGCACUCACCCUUAUUCAUUCAAGGACAAACUGUGUGAACAUUCUUGUAACAACUACUCAGCUAAUUCCAGCUCUGGCAAAAGUCUUGUUGUAUGGACUAGGAGUUGUAUUUCCCAUAGAAAAUAUUUACAGUGCAACUAAAAUAGGAAAAGAAAGCUGUUUUGAGCGAAUAAUUCAGAGAUUUGGAAGAAAAGUGGUGUAUGUUGUUAUAGGGGACGGCGUCGAGGAGGAGCAAGGCGCAAAAAAGCAUGCAAUGCCAUUUUGGAGGAUCUCAAGCCACUCUGAUCUUAUGGCCCUGCACCAUGCCUUGGAACUGGAGUACUUAUAGCAGCUCACCAGCACUUUGAAACCUCAGAGCCUCCUCCUGCCCACGGCUGGGCUGCCUGUGUCUUGUGUCAGCACUGAUCUGGAGAACGUUGUGAUUACAGCAGGCUGAGGUGCAGCUGCAGUUGGUCUGAGCCCCUGCCCUUGCAGUGGGCAGAGGAGCAAGUCCUUAUCUUCAGCAGCUGUUGGCUCUGUGAGCCCCAUGACAACAAGGAGCCGUGUGGAUGUUGGAAGAACUCAUCCUUACCCUGUCUGCUACCAAGGGGGAACACAGGAGGGGAAAAGAAGGAAGCUGAAGGUUCAUACCUGUGAGGAAGAAACAGGGACCUGUGUGUGCUUUGUAGUUUCUGGGCUCUUCAGCGUGACUCAGACCACCUCUUCAUGCAGCAAACUUUGAUUGCACAGUGAAGACUGAGACUUUUUCAAAUUACCCAUGGAGUAAUUUUCCUGAAGGUUUACUUUUUUGUUUCCUCAUACCCAGGGUACUCUACAUCUUAUUUAUGAACAGACUGUAUUUUGACAUCACAUAACUGAGGACAUGUGUAAGAGGAUUGAAGGCUAUUGUAAGCCUUUGCCUCAUGGUACAAGCAACUACUUUUGAUUUUAGCACAUUGCAGAGUAGUUUAAAAUAUGUCUAAUUUAAGCUAUAGGUACAUCACUGAGACAAUCAUGUACAGGAAGAAUUUUUUGUGUAAAUUUGUAAUAAUGAAUGAUUCUUUUACAUAUUGCUAAGGUAAAUGCUGCUGAAAGGUGGCAUUGCCUCGAUGGUCAAAGAGUGAGGCCACCUCUGCACGGCCACUGUGCAGAGCCUUACAGCGCCUUGGGUAUAAAUAUGUAGAUAAUGAAGUUUUUAGAUACAUUUGUCAAGACCAAAAGCAUGGAUGUCAAGUGUCAGUAGGAAUUGGGCUUUGCUCUUCUUGGAUGUUUCUCUGCCUUUUUCAUCUCUCACCUACUCUGAUUAUGAAAAUAGUGAUUUCUUUCCCCCCACAAAGGAAAUGCAGAUAAAACACAACUGAAGAAGAGCCUUUCGCUGUCUUCUGCUUCCUGUCUUAAAUGUAACACAGUAACCUCUGUUUUAGAGUUUUGGAAAAUGGAUUUGACUCAUUCCAUAAAGAAAAAAAGAAAAUUAAUGUAUUUUGAGAUGUGACUUCAACUGGGAUCUGGGUACCAAGCAGGUUUUGUCUUAUCCAAAAAAGUGAGGGGAAACUACCAUCAUUGCUGUUUUCAGAAAGGAGAAUGGUGUGGAGCAGUGGAACAAGGAUACUCAUGGACACGUUACUCCUCUGCACCGGGAGUCAAAUUGCGCUAAGGUACCACCUCCAUUGCCGGCAGUGGAAGCAGUGAAAUAGUUAUCACCAAGGGCUUACCAUUUCCCUUUGUGCCCAUUCACAGGAGAAACCAAGAGUGUGUCUCUGACUUGAAACUUUCUAACCUUGAAGACUAUAAGCUGUUUGGUCAGGCAGGCUGCUGGGCUGGCUUGCAUUGUCUCCUUCCCUUUGCCUGACGUAGCUCUCUUUGUUCAGAGGCCUCAGCUUUGCUGGUUCCUUUUCCAGCUGCUGUUGUUGUGUUCUGCUAGAAGCACCAGCCUAGAGCAGCCUCUCGCAAGACUGCAGAGCUCCAGUGUCGCUACAAACCUGCAGCCUUUGCCCCUGGAAGAGUCGUGUUGCUGCUAGAGCUCGGUGCCUGUGCAGUGUUUUGUUAGCAGCGGAGCAGUCUGUGCCUGCCAAGCCUCACACUCGUGCUUUGCUUCACCCGCUGCGAGUGCGGAGCUGCGCACAGCCUGCGGCAAGCGCGCUCUGGGUGCUUCUUAGACUGAGACUGGCCUUAGCCUCUUUUUUCCAGAAGCAGACAGUGCUGGGGGGUUCAGUCUUCUUCUUCUUCUUUUUUUUUUUUUUUUUCUCUUAGGUGGUUUGGUUUUUUGGGGUUUGUGUUUUUGUUUUGGGUUUUUCUGGGUUUUUUCCUGGGCUUUUGUAUGUUUGUGGGUUUGUUUGUUUGUUUGUUUGUUUGUGGUUUUUUUGUGGCUCUUUCCAAUUUUUAGUCACUCAUGGAUUGAAAAAAACCCAGUUUAUCUGGGCUUUAUUGUACAAAAAGCUCUGUUUUAAGUUAAUAAAAUUGAGU